AUGUUCUCCUCCUCCAUUGUUGAUGCAGCUAGCCGGAGCUGUGGCCGUAAUGUCUCUGGUGCCUGUCAGGGCGACAAUCCCCGAACCCAGUGGUGGACACUGGAAGUAAGGGAUGUAGUCAAGCUGAAGAGGGAGCCCUAUCGAGCCUGGUUGUUUUGUGGAACCCCAGAGGCAGCUGAUGAUUACUGGCAGGCCAAAGCAGGUGGAGACUUGCUGACCUUGACUGGGGAUUUUGUCAGACGGUGGAAGGAAUACUUCGAGGACCUCCUCAAUCCCACUGACACAUCUUUCGUAGAGGAAGCAGAGGCUGAGGACUCAGAGGCUGUCUUGGCUGACACGUCUCUGCAACAUUGCGUAGCAGUCAGGGACAGUGCCUCUGGACUGGGCACCCGGGGUGGUGGUCCCUCUUUUAAGAAGGGGGAUCGGAGGGUGUGUUCCAACUAUAGGGUGAUCACACUCCUCACCCUCCCAGGGAAAGUCUAUUCCAGGCUAGGACUUACAACAUGCACUGGGGUGGUUUACAGCCGAGUGCAAAGUGGCUGGGAUGAGGAUCAGCACCUCCAAAUCCAUGGCCAUGGUUCUCGACCAGAAAAAGAUGACGCUAACAUACGACUCACUGGUGGCACCGACUCCUGUUCUGGUACAGUGGAGAUCCUGCAUUAUGGCCAGUGGGGAACAGUAUGUGAUGAUUUCUGGGACCUGAAUGAUGCAGAGGUGGUGUGUAGACAGCUUGGAUGUGGUAACAUACGACUCAUUGGUGGCACCGACUCCUGCUCUGGUAGAGUGGAGAUCCUGCAUGAUGGUCAGUGGGGAACAGUGUGUGAUGAUGACUGGGACCUGAAUGAUGCAGAGGUGGUGUGUAGACAGCUUGGAUGUGGUAAAGCGGUCACCGCUCAUCAAAAUGCCCACUUUGGUCAGGGAAGUGACCCAAUAUGGCUGAAUAAUGUUCAGUGUUCUGGAAGUGAAAGCUCCAUCACACAGUGCUCUCAUAGAGGAUUUGGAUCACACAACUGCAGCCAUGGUGAAGAUGCUGGUGUUACUUGCUCAGAUGGCACGAACAUACGACUCAUUGGUGGCAACAACAUCUGCUCUGGUAGAGUGGAGGUCCAGCACAAUGGCCAGUGGGGAACAGUUUGUGAUGACAACUGGGACCUGAAGGAUGCAGAGGUGGUGUGUAGACAACUUGGAUGUGGUAAAGCUGUCACUGCUCAUAAAAAUGGCCACUUUGGUCAUGGAAGUAGCCCGAUAUGGCUGAAUAAUGUUCAGUGUUCUGGAAGUGAAAGGUCCAUCAAACAGUGCACUCAUAAUGGAUUUGAAUUUCAUCACUGUUUCAUUAAUGAAGAUGCUGGUGUUACUUGUACAGGUAACAUACGACUCAUUGGUGGCACCGACUCCUGCUCUGGUACAGUGGAGAUCCUGCAUGAUGACCAGUGGGGAACAGUGUGUGAUAAUGACUGGGACCUGAAUGAUGCAGAGGUGGUGUGUAGACAGCUUGGAUGUGGUAAAGCUGUCACCGCUCAUCAAAAUGCCCACUUUGGUCAGGGAAGUGACCCGAUAUGGCUGGAUGAUGUUCGGUGUUCUGGAAAUGAAAGCAGUAUCACCCAGUGCUCUCAUGGUGGAUUUGGAUCACACAACUGUGGCCAUGGUGAAGAUGCUGGUGUUACUUGCUCAGAUGACGCUAAAAUACGCCUCAUUGGUGGCAACAACAACUGCUCUGGUACAGUGGAGAUCCUGCAUGAUGGUCAGUGGGGAACAGUGUGUGAUAAUGGCUGGGACCUGAAUGAUGCAGAGGUGGUGUGUAGACAGCUUGGAUGUGGUAAAGCUAUCAUCGCUCAUCAAAAUGCCGACUUUGGUCAGGGAAGUGGGCCAAUAUGGCUGAAUAAUGUUCAGUGUUCUGGAAGUGAAAGCAACAUCACACAGUGCUCUCAUAGAGGAUUUGGAUCACACGGCUGCAGCCAUGGUGAAGAUGCUGGUGUUACUUGCUCAGGUGACAUGCGUCUCAUUGGUGGCAGUGACUCCUGCUCUGGUAGAGUGGAGAUCCUGCAUGAUGACCAGUGGGGAACAGUGUGUGAUAAUGACUGGGACCUGAAUGAUGCAGAGGUGGUGUGUAGACAGCUUGGAUGUGGUAAAGCUGUCAAAGCUUAUCAAAAUGCCCACUUUGGUCAGGGAAGUGGCCCAAUUUUGCUGAAUAAUGUUCAGUGUUCUGGAAGUGAAAACAACAUCACACAGUGCUCUCAUAGAGGAUUUGGAUCACAUGACUGCUACCAUUAUGAAGAUGCUGGUGUUUCUUGCUCAGAUGGCGCUAACAUACGACUCAUUGGUGGCACCGACUCCUGCUCUGGUAGAGUGGAGAUCCUGCGAUAUGGCCAGUGGGGAACAGUGUGUGAUGAGGGCUGGGACCUGAAUGAUGCAGAUGUGGUGUGUAGACAGCUUGGAUGUGGUAAAGCUGUCACUGCUCAUAAAAAUGCCCACUUUGGUCGGGGAAGUGGCCCAAUAUCGCUGAAUAAUGUUUGGUGUUCUGGAAGUGAAAGCUCCAUCACACAGUGCUCUCAUAGUGGAUCUCGAUUUCAAUUCUGCUUUCAUGGUGAAGAUGCUGGUGUUACUUGCACAGGUAACAUACGACUCGUUGGUGGCACCGACUCCUGCUCUGGUAGAGUGGAGAUCCUACACAAUGGCCAGUGGGGAACAGUGUGUGAUAAUGACUGGGACCGGAAUGAUGCAGAGGUGGUGUGUAGACAGCUUGGAUGUAGUAAAGCUGUCAAAGCUUAUCAAAAUGCCCAUUUUGGUCAGGGAAGUGGCCCAAUAUGGCUGAAUAAUAUUCAGUGUUCUGGAAAUGAAAGCAGCAUCACACAGUGCUCUCAUAGUGGAUUUGGAUCACACAACUGCAACCAUCAUGAAGAUGCUGGUGUUACUUGCUCAGAUGACGCUAAAAUACGCCUCACUGGUAGCAACAACAACUGCUCUGGUAGAGUGGAGAUCCUGUACGAUGGCCAGUGGGGAACAGUGUGUGAUGAUUUCUGGGACCUGAAUGAUGCAGAGGUGGUGUGUAGACAGCUUGGAUGUGGUAAAGCGGUCACCGCUCAUCAAAAUGCCCACUUUGGUCAGGGAAGUGGCCAAAUAUGGCUGGAUGAAGUUCAGUGUUCUGGAAAUGAAAGCAGCAUCACACAGUGCUCUCAUAGUGGAUUUGGAUCACACGGCUGCAGCCAUGGUGAAGAUGCUGGUGUUACUUGCUCAGAUGUCACUGAGAUACGACUCAUUGGUGGCACCGACUCCUGCUCUGGUAGAGUGGAGAUCCUGCACAAUGGCCAGUGGGGAACAGUGUGUGAUAAGAAAUGGAACAUGAAUGAUGCAGAGGUGGUGUGUAGACAACUUGGAUGUGGUAAAGCGGUCACUGCUCAUAAAAAUGCCCACUUUGGUCAUGGAAGUGGCAAACAUUGGCUGAAUAAUGUUCAGUGUUUGGGAAGUGAAAGCUCCAUUACACAGUGCUCCCAUAAUGGAUUUGGAUUUCAAUUCUGCCUCCAUGGUGAAGAUACUGGUGUUACUUGCUCAGUUAUACGACUCAUUGGUGGCACCGACUCCUGCUCUGGUAGAGUGGAGAUCCUGCAUGAUGACCAGUGGGGAACAGUGUGUGAUGAUGACUGGGACCUGAAUGAUGCAGAGGUGGUGUGUAGACAGCUUGGAUGUGGUAAAGCAGUCACCGCACAUCAAAAUGCCCACUUUGGUCAGGGAAGUGGUCCAAUAUGGCUGAAUAAUGUUCAGUGUUCUGGAAGUGAAAGCAACAUCACACAGUGCUCACAUAGAGGAUUUGGAUCACACAACUGCAACCAUGGUGAAGAUGCUGGUGUUACUUGCUCAGGUAUCAUACGACUCGUUAAUGGCACCGACUCCUGCUCUGGUAGAGUGGAGAUCCUGCAUGAUGGUCAGUGGGGAACAGUGUGUGGUGAUAUCUGGGGCCUGAAUCAUGCAGAGGUGGUGUGUAGACAGCUUGGAUGUGGUAAAGCUGUCACCGCUCAUCAAAAUGCCCACUUUGGUCAGGGAAGUGACAAAAUAUGGCUGGAUGAUGUUCGGUGUUCUGGAAGUGAAAGCAGCAUCACACAAUGCUCUCAUUAUGGAUUUGGAUCACAUGACUGCAGCCAUGGUGAAGAUGCUGGUGUUACUUGCUCAGCUGCCAAAACCACAUAAGAGAGUCCCCAAGGAGAGGAGACAGAAAACAAAGCUGUUAAUAAAAACAACAACAACAAAAAAACCUAUUUUCCAGCAGAAGAAUGAUGCAUACAACUCUGAUAUUGACUGUGAUGUGUGAUGUGGAGUGUGAAGUGAAGGAGUCUACCUUGGGUUUGAUGUUGAGGUACAAAGAAGUGAUAUGGACCAUGACUUUGUUGCGAAUUAAACAAUUAUCCAUUAUCUAUAGUCCACAAACAAUAACAUGGUUAAAUUGGAUAAUUUUCCAUUGUUAAGAUACUAUUAUUUUAGUUAUUUGAGAAUUUUAGAAUAAGUUUGUUUUCCUCUGUUUAGAUGGUACUAUUUUAACACUUUCAUACUACUUUAUUGUUACCUGAUUAACUCAUUGCUACUUGAUAUUAAAAUGGUUUAGUGAUCCAGUACAGAUUAAUACUUAUAUUCAAAUUUUAAUAUUGUAUUUUUAAUAUUAAAUAUCAAAAUACAUGGAAAUAUAAACGAUUCAUCAGCAUUUUCAGUGCAUUGAUGCAGAAAUCAGAAAAUAAGGAUAGGACCAAUGGAAAUUAGCUUUUAUUAGUUCUUAUAUUUCUCACUUUCAUCACUUAGUCAUGUAGCAUUGUCUGUAAUUUUCAGAUUAGAUUAAGAUUUAAAAUGUCAUAAUUUUGAAACUUGUCUGUAUUUUUCUUAUUAUUGUUGUCAUUGAUUUUCAUAUUUCAUUUGGUGAAUUCUGUGGGCAUUUUAUCCAUGAAUUUUAUUUACUCUUACAUUCCUACACCAUGCAGUAUAUUCAGUCUUAUGAAUUCUGCUUUGGGAUUUUGGAGAUGAACUGAAAAUUUUGAUCAGAAUUAUUUUGCAAAUAUUGUAAUUAAAUGUAUCAAAUGUCAUAAAAAAGUACUAAAUUACCAUUGUUCAUAUCAAUUUUAAAGUGAAUUAAUAAACGAAUGCUAAAGAA